AUGGCGUCAUCACCUCAUGCGAAGCUUCCUGCGGACUGUUGGCUCUUGAUCUUAGACAUAUUGCCUUUUCAAGCCCUGCUCAGCCUGUCAAAGACAUCUCAUGCCCUCCGUGCCUCGGCUGAGCCCUUCCUCUAUCGCUCGAUCCACUGGGACUGGAAGCAUCCACUCUUGGAACGCAUGCUGAUGCUUCUCCGUACCCUUUCAGACCGCCCGUAUGUUGCAAACUACAUCUGGCACGUGAGCAUGAACAAUUGGAGGGCUCCGUUUCAGACCGAGGAAACCAUUCAAAUCGGCAGCUCAGACGGCGACUGGGUUGCAAAACAGCAUCGAUUCAGACCUACUUUGAGGUGGGCCCGGAUGCUUGUUCGAGCCGCCAAAUAUCCAGCCAAGAUGGAACAGGAAUGGGUUACGUUCCUUUCUAAUGGGGACGAACACGCUUAUGCAACGAUUUUGCUAUCACUAUUGCAUAACCUCCGCAGCCUUCGAUUGGACUUUCUGUUUGUCGUCAAAAAUGGCGGUAUGCCUGGAACGAUGCUGCACCAUUCCCUCUUUGGCAAUUCACCCCCUGACCUAUUGUCUCGGUUCACAAAGUUGGAGAUGGUUGAUUAUGGAAGCAAUUUCGUACCCUGGUUCCAACUUCCCUCUCUAAAGAUUCUCGAGAUCUGGCUCCCAAGCAUGGCUGGGAUUACUUGGCUGACCGAUCCUGUCGCCAUGUUGAACUGUCCCCAUUUUUUCUCGUUGCACAAUCUUAUUAUUAGCAGGUCAUCUACUUCCACCGAGGAAAUCGGGACUCUGCUAUCUAAAAUUCCUUCUCUAAAAUGCGUCCAUCUGGGAUUGACAUAUCGAUGUAUGAGAACCACCGACUUUCUCCGGGAGUCGCCACACCUCCUCGAUGCCCUAGAAGCCAAACGCAAGACUCUGCAGCAUCUAUCUAUAAGCGUGGAAAUCAUGCCAGCAUGCGCAGAGAAUUACAUGUUGCCUUUUUAUGAGGAUGUGGGCUGCAACCUUUUCCGUGAUGUUCGCCACAGGUUGCCAAAUCUCAAAACGAUCGAGAUUCCACUCUACCUUCUCGUCGGUUGGGGAACGGGCAAGUCUAAGCUUCAGGAUGUCCUGCCAGAGGGUAUCAGAACCAUCCACAUCCGACCUGAUUUCUAUCUCCACGAAAACAUGCCCUUCUUCAGCACUGAGGUGCUCGCUGCUUUAAUCGAGUUGGUGACCCAAGAUGACCGACACCUAGGGUCUCUGCAAAGGGUUUCCUACGAAGGACCGCCUAAUCUGGUUUAUGGUUGGGAAGAUUAUGAACGUACGUCCUUUGGAAUGCUCUUUGCUGGACAAGACGCGUCUGAACUUUGCCAUCAGCGAGGAAUUGCACUUUCUGCCCUGCCUCCCUGUUUCCUGCCUGGAAAUGCGAUUAUGAGAGAACAGUGGCUGCAGGGGGCCACUCUGGACCCGGAUGUGGGACCCAUUCGGCACGUUUGGCCUUUCUUCUACUCCGAGGUAUUUCCGCCUUUCAUGAGAGGCGUGCAUUGA